AUUUUCUAACAUGUUUCGAUCUCCAACAACAAGAAUAAAUCUUCAUAGAAACUCCAGUUCCAGCUUGGUCUCUGCUACAAAUGCUAUAUCCCAGGAUGCCCAAGGAAAGACUAAGAAGCAGAAAGAUUGCCCAAAAAUUGUUUCAUUAUGCAUUCCAAAAAAGAGACAAAGAAAUAGAUUAGUUUCCAAAAAAUAAUUUAUUCAAAGAAAUUGUUGCUCUACAGACAAAAUCGAAGCCAAAAUCUCCUGAAGAGUCUCCAUCCCAACUCAGAAAGAGACUGGGAAUGAUGGGAGAUAUGCGUAGUUUUAACCUGAUACCUUCAGAUUUAAUAAAACACAAGCUUAAUUACUACUAUACACCAUAUAACAAAAAAAAACUUAAGACUUAUUUCAUGACGUUCGGUGAAAAUGCUCCUAAUCACAUUGCAAGCCCUCUUGAAGGCUUAGAUGCUGAACAAAACCUUCCAUGUUGGAAGCCUAUAGCUGAAUUUAUCCUUCAAGCUGAACAUAAACAAUUCAAAAAGAUAAUUGGAAAGUUCAGAAAAUAGAGAAAUUCAUGAAAUGAAAAACAACAUUAAAAGAUCCCAGCAGGUUUUCAAAUAAAAUUGUAAUGAAGAAUAGAAGGUUCGCCAGGCUAUUUCAAAAAGUUGUCAAACAUACGUACUCUCAAAUUGGCAUUACUAAAGGAAAGGAGAUAAGCGAUGAAAUGAGGCAUAAAAUAUCUGAAAUAUUAAAGAACUCUCUCAAUAUGAAAAUACAGGAAAUCAAAAGAAGAAUACGAAAUCAUAAAAGACUUACUAGCUUUAGAAAGAGAACAAGAAGAGAGAAUUCACUAAAUGAGGACUCUAAAAGUGCUACCUAUGAAGACCUUGAUGACACUAAACAACUUGGAGUCUUAGAGCCAUUAUUCGAGCAGAAUGAGUUUGAUAAUAUCACAAAUAUGAAAGAGUAUAACAACUUUGUAGAAGAGGAAAAAGAUAACAAAUAUGGGUUUAAAAUAUCUGAAAAUUCAUCAUCUUCAUCAUACACCUCUAGCUCAUCUCCUUCAUCUCAAGAAAAAUAGUGAUAUCCAUUUCAGCAACAAAGACUUGUUAUCAAAAUUAACAAGGAGGAGAAAGCAUACCAUUCCUAGGAAAUCUAAGUUCUUAUAAAACAACAGUCCACUUUCAGAUCAGGUCUUCGGAAAAUAUGUAAAGCUCCCAGCUUUAUGCAUAGUAGAAAUACUAGUGAUAGCAAGGAUUUUGUCGAAUAUGACAGCUCUUCCAAUAUUCUCCAAAAAUGUAACAAAAAUAUCAUUUCUUCAAAGAAAGUACCCAGAGUAAGCAAUCAAAAAUGGAAGAGCUUUCUCAUGCCACCAAAUGAAUAUGAGACUCAUCAAGCAAUGCUCCAGAUUGUUUCAAGAAGGAAGAGUUCAUUUAACACAGAAAAGCAAGACAAAAAUGCAACUGAACUUCAAAAUAACAUAUCGAAAUACAACAUUUCAAAUUAUUACCUCAAAGGAGCAAAGGAUAUUCUCACACAACGAGUUUUUAGCGAACCAAGGCUGUCCAAAAUAUCUGGUAUUGACCAAACUAUAGAAAAGUCUCUUGGAGAUUCAACGAUGUUGGCCAAUAACUCUAAAGCUGAUUCAUACAACACCCAGUCUAUUCUUCCAAAAAUCUCUUUGAUGGUUAACAAAAGCCAUUCAGUAUCUCGACUAAAAUGGAAUCGAAAAAUAAGCAAAAUAGUAUCAAAAAGAGUCAAAAACAAGACCAAACUUACAGGAGAAAAUAUUAUGCACAAUGAAAAGAGUGUUACAAGAAGACUCUGUAGACCUCGGAGAUCAGUCAAGACCAAACUUGAGUGUUUAUAUCAACUUAACUCCCCCAAAAUAUCUCACUGAUUGGGCAGAUAGAUUUGGUUAAAUAAUAGCCUCAUAC